UUCCGGGUGGUUUGACAACAUUCGCUGUUUUGCUUUAAGUGUCAUGUAUCCGUACCAGGCGAGCUACGUCGGUUAGAGGCAGACGGCGGCUCGGGGUAGUUUGAGCUAUUUCGACAGAGGGGGGGGCGGAACGAGGCAACUGGCGCGCUGCGUGAUUAGUGUCGUCCCGCUACUAGGUUUCGUCGACGGGAGCGGAGGCAAUGGAGGCGCAGGCACCUCUGUAACGUCGCCGCUGUGCUCCACUUCCCACCUGUCAUGGGCGGCUGCGGCUGGAGUGGGAACUGAGGCGGCCGAGCCGGGGUGUUUCUGGGGACUGAGGCGGCCGACCCGGGGUGCGUGUGUGCGGGGACUGAGGCGGCCGAGCCGGGGUGUGUGUGCGGGGACUGAGGCGGCCGACCCGGGGUGCGUGUGUGCGGGGACUGAGGCGGCCGACCCGGGGUGCGUGUGUGCGGGGACUGAGGCGGCCGAGCCGGGGUGCGUGUGCGGGACUGAGGCGGCCGAGCCGGGGUGCGUGUGUGCGGGGACUGAGGCGGCCGAGCCGGGGUGCGUGUGUGCGGGGACUGAGGCGGCCGAGCCGGGGUGCGUGUGUGCGGGGACUGAGGCGGCCGAGCCGGGGUGUGUGUGUGCGGGACUGAGGCGGCCUCGGUAGUCGCCGCUUCGCGAGUGGCCUGACAGGGGCGUACAUUGGGCUUCCGCCAGCUUAGCGCAGCACACGUUCGUUACCACGACAAUGAGCUUCUUCAGUUUCGGGCAAAGCGCAGAAAUCGACGUGGUGCUGAACGACGCCGAGACGAGGAAGAAGGUCGAGCACAAGACCGAGGAUGGGAAGAAGGACAAGUACUUCCUGUUCUACGACGGCGAGACGGUCAGCGGGAAGGUGAACGUGACGCUGAAGAACCCGGGGAGGAGGCUGGAACACCAGGGGAUCAAGAUCGAGUUUGUCGGGCAGAUAGAGCUGUAUUAUGACAGAGGAAACCACCAUGAGUUCGUGUCCCUGGUGAAGGACCUGGCGAGGCCCGGAGAGCUCACCCAGUCACAGACCUUUGACUUUGAGUUCACCCAUGUUGAGAAACCGUACGAGUCCUACACAGGCCAGAAUGUCAAACUAAGGUAUUUUCUGCGAGCUACUGUCAGCAGGAGGCUAAAUGAUAUCAGCAAAGAAAUGGACAUUGUGGUACACACGUUGAGCACGUAUCCAGAGCUCAACUCAUCCAUAAAAAUGGAAGUGGGCAUUGAAGACUGUCUCCACAUUGAGUUUGAAUACAACAAAUCCAAGUACCACCUGAAAGACGUAAUAGUGGGGAAAAUCUACUUCCUUCUGGUGAGGAUUAAGAUCAAGCACAUGGAGAUUGAUAUCAUCAAACGUGAGACGACAGGCACCGGUCCCAGCGUAUACCAUGAAAACGACACCAUUGCCAAGUACGAGAUCAUGGACGGCGCACCAGUCAGGGGAGAGUCGAUUCCGAUUCGAUUGUUCCUGGCCGGCUACGAGAUGACACCCACCAUGCGAGACAUCAACAAGAAAUUCUCUGUGCGCUACUACCUGAACCUGGUGCUGAUUGACGAGGAGGAGAGACGCUACUUCAAACAGCAGGAAAUCACACUGUGGAGGAAAGGAGACGUGGUGAGGAAGAGCAUGUCGCACCAGGCCACCAUCGGCGCACAGAGAUUCGAGGGCUCCGCUGCCUCGGAGAGUGCGCUGGAACAGGCUGCCAAGGAGCAAAGUGGCUAGCAGUCCACCUCCCGAGUCUCCUCCCAGUAAAAAAAGCUGGUGUCCAUGGAAGGAUGAUGGGAUGUGUGUGUGUGUGUGAGGAGGGGGCGGGGGAGGGUGCCUGUCAUUCCACAACAACAAAUGAAGCAUCCCUCUUGUUCGCCAUGGUGACUGGAGAAAAAAAAAGGGAGGAUGAAGGGAGACCACGAUACAAGCGAACAGUUGGAGGAGAAAAAAAGAGCAGCUUUUAUGAGCCGGCAUGGGUGGCAUUUGGGCUGCGGGUCUUUUCCUUCAUCGGUAAUAUUUUUUUUUCCCUUUAUGACAAUUAAACUAAUCAAUGUUAUGACCUCUUGUGUAUGAAACCUGCUGCAGGUAAAUGAUUCUCUCGUUUUAUUUUUUAGCGAUCAACCUUUUUGUUCACGCUGAGACACAUUUCUAAUGGUUUUUGUAAUUUAAUUUCAAUCUAACUCGUUUUUAAGAUUAUCCAACCGAAAUAGUCAUGGAAUUUUCAGAGAAAUGUUAAUGGGUUUCCAACAUUCCACAUUUAAUCCAAUGCAUUCCUAACACUGUUGUAAGGUCUAGAAAUUUGAACCAUCUUUACACCGCUUUAUCUUUGCUGAGUAUAUUUUUAGUUGGUUUUGUCAUUGAUUGUAUUUGUGUAAAAUCUGCAAAACAAAAAAAGUGAAAUUGAGACUCGAGAAUUGGGACGAGUAUUUUUUUUCUUCUUUUUAACCAAGUUAGAGGGCUUAAGUAUUACGCCACACAUCCUCUGAUAUGUAAAUAAGAGAAGCUGCUGUAUCUGUUCUAAGCUUGUGCCCCGUUAAAGCUCGUGUACAUCGAUUGUGUAGUACACACAGUGCCACAAAACGAUUCAUUUUCACAUGCUUCCCCUCAGCCCUGCGGUGGUGUGAGGACGGGAUGUUGAAGUGCUUGUAUCAUAGAUCUGAUAUUAUGAAGUGUUCUAUAUCCUUCCGACUAAAGACUUUAAAGUUGUGCCUAUGUGUAUCUAGCAAAUUAAAUCCUUCUGCCUCUAACAUCAUGUCUGUCUCUUAACCCAAGGUGAGCACUGUAGAACAACCUUACCUUUUGCAAAAUAACUAAACAAUUAUUCCUUGUCCCCCAAAUCCUAAAUAAAUUCAUGCCAAAUUGAAA